GGAAGAUCUAUUACUGUGUCUACGAUCUUUCGAGCUAACUGCACGUGUUUGUCCCCUCCGGAGUUUGCAUACAUUAUAUAAUUCUGCAUACCGCCCCAGACAUCAUCCACGCCCUUUCUUUGUUGCAUAGCAUGGAUGCCACCGAAAAACAGCAGCUGGCGAGGCACUUGUACGUCAUCCUUGUGGCAAACAGUAUUAUGGUGUACGACCAUAUGGCAACCCUCACAGACGAAAUCAACUUCAUUUGGCGUCGUCCGAAAACCCUGUCUGCAAUGUCAUUUCUUAUCAGCCGCUAUCUCGCGCUGAUCAGCUGUCCGAAAUACGCGAUUGCCAGACAGCUGUUUGUUUUUCUGCAACAAUUCGUCAUUUGCGUCAUAUUAAUCAUCCGCACUUAUGCUCUCUACAAUCGUAGCAAACGCUUGAUUAUUUGGGUUACAUUCAUCCUCAUUGUUCUUGCGGGAGGCGUAUCUGCGGCAACCUUUGGACAGUAUGCAGGGACUUUGACGAUCUCGCCAGGAGUUGGCUGUUUCACAACAUCCACAGUAGAGAUAUCUGCCCGUUUGGGGCUAGCAUGGGUGGCCAUACUGGCCUUCGAAGCUCUCAUCUUUGUCCUCACAGUUUAUCGGACCUGUAAAUCUAGAGGUUUGUCGCGGUUACGUCUGGUCACCAGGAGAAAUAUUCUUGAUGUCAUGUUUCACGAUGGUGUGAUGUAUUUUGGAGCCAUGACACUCUGUAAUAUACCGAACAUUGUGAUGUACUACUAUGGACCAGCGGUUAUUAGGGGCAAUGUGGGUCUGGGUAUAUUCACUAGCUGGACGACGACUACUGCCUCUCAGUCUUUACUACUAGUAUCAGCAUACAGUCUGCGAUCGCUUAGAUUUCGCCAUUGCGAAGGUGAUGACAGGCUCCGUUUCUGUAUGCCAAGAUGUAGAUAUUCUUGUCAUGUGAACAACAAGUACAUUACACCAGUUAAUACGUAUGUGUUGGACUAAAUAGACCCGUAGCCUGAAGAGCAGCAAUGAACAUGCUAAUGUUAUAUGAUCAUGAUCAUGAACUACUGUACACCGCAAGACGCCUUCGUCAUCUGUCAGUGGCCCUCCACUGUGACUGAGCUUCCCGUAACAUCUACACUUCGGCUCCGGUUCCGACUACCAGCAUUUCUGAUUCAUUCUGACGAUAUAUAAUUUUGUCUCGUUUUGGGCCUGGAAA